UAUAUGUUCGUUUUUAAAAGGGUACGUGAACCCAUUAUUUCCCAGAUUUCAUAGGAGCCACUUCCUCGGAGCAGGCUACCAUGACCAGCCAGACUCAGGGGAUCCAUCAGCUCCUUCAGGCAGAAAAACGGGCCAAGGACAAGCUAGAGGAAGCCAAGAGGAGAAAAGGAAAGCGAUUGAAGCAAGCCAAGGAGGAAGCAAUGGUAGAAAUUGACCAGUACAGAAUGCAGAGAGAUAAGGAGUUUCGACUAAAACAAUCUAAGAGUAAUCUCUCAGAUGAAAUAGAAGAACAAACACUAAGGAAGAUACAAGAACUUAAUGGACACUAUAAUAAGUGUAUGGAAUGUGUGAUGAAACAGCUCUUGAGCAUGGUCUGUGACAUGAAACCAGAAAUCCAUGUGAACUACAGAGCCACCAAGUAAAUGUACAUCAUAUUUUUUGAGGAAAAAGAAAAGGUGUGUGAGUGCCACCUAGUUGCUUAUGGCUUCAUGUUUUUAUAUUAAGAAAUUUGAAAUGUAAAUCUUAAAUUUACAUUUACAGAAAAUGUGACAUAACUCAUACUUUGGCAUGGCAUUAAACAAAACAAAAUACAACUGUUGCUAUAUCUUUCUAGUAAUAAUUAUGACCUUAUAAUUUAACUUGGAAUAAGUCAAGAAUGCAGAAGAGGAACAUGCUUUUUAACACUUGCAAGAAAAACAUGGUCAUGACA